UUCGCGUGUUGUGUUUACUAAAUCGAAGCGGCGUGGCUGUGAGUACGGGAAAUAUUGUCAAUAAAAAGGCUCCUAUGUAUAUGCGCUGCAAGUACUGAGCUUACAAAUGACUUCCGGGUCAAAUUGGAUAUUUAUUGAAAAGCUUUAUGAGAAAAGAAAUACGCUUUUGGAUUAGACUGUAUUGACUGGAUUCUCAGCUGAAUGAAAAUGAUGGAGGUAGAGAUGGUGCGGCAGAGGACCAUCACCAAGACCACUAAGGAACUACAAAGGGAGCGGAGGAGUAAUACCACUUGGCAGAAAGAAAAAACAAAGACUACUCGAGAAGUAAUAGUUCGUGAAAGAACCCGAAAACCUAUAGAAAGACCUCAACAGCAAAAACAGAAAACAGUUGCGCCAAUAGAAAGACAGCAAAGGACGAGAACGAUUACAUAUCGAAAUAAAACGGUGGAAAAGACGAAAAAUCCCAAGGAGAAAGUCUUAAUGGGCAGCCUAUACCGGAACGUUUCCGAACUGCAAAAUAUUAUUCGACAAUCUUCGAAGGAAAGAUUACAAUUGGAACGUCACUUGGCGAGAGCAACAGAAGCAGUCCAAAGAACAGCUGUCAUCGAUAUUACCCAAUAUGAAGCUUUGAAAAAGAAUAACGAAGCUUUACGACAAAAAUUGGAUGAGCUGCUAAAGAUCACCAAUGAGCUACAAGAUGCUGAGAUUCGUUUGCAGAAGAAGGAUUCUGAGGUUCAACAGCUGAAACAGGAAUUAAGUGACAAGCAACAACUGUGUGCCAAUUUGGAACACAGGUUGCUUGUGACAUUAGAAGAAGGAAGGAAAGAAAAUAGUUUGGAGGAGUCGUAUCAGAACUCAGAUGGAGUGAACGAACUAUGCUUUCAGUCUCUGAGUAGCUCUGAUAUUUUCCUAAGUCAGUCCACCCUGGCUAAGUCAGACGUAGACCGCCAUCAAGGCAAAUCAAACAAUCUGGAGGCACUUGUAAAGCAUAUGCGAGAAGCCGCUGAUAGGCGGAAGGAGUUAGAGAAACAACAUGCUGAUGCCGUUGCUGAACUACAGAGGAAGCAAGAGGAACAUCGUCAUCAUCAUUACAUUAGUAAAGCAGAAAAGCAAGCUGCUCAGGAGGCAAUACAAAACCUUGAGUCCAAAGUACGUGAACUUCAGAAAAAGUGUGAACUGCAGAAUGUCUUGCAUGAAGAACUUGCCCUUGAAAUGGCAUCUUUACGCCGGUCUCAAACCAAACAUGCAUGGCGUUCCCAUAGGUCACACUCAGCUGACAUACCUGGUGAAACACCUUCAUCCAAGCUAGAUCAAGAAAUGGACCUGUACCUAGUAGGCAGUGACACAAUAUUUAGUUCAAAUAGGAGUCAUUCUGUUUCUUCCUCUUUACCAGUAUUAGAAACUUCAACUUCUAGGAGUUUAAAUGUUCCCUAUGAAUCUUUUAAUUCUGUUCCAAUUACUAGUCCAGGUACAAAUAUGAUCUCUCCUGGCACAACGAUAUCGUCAUCUUCACCUGUUUCAUCUAAUAUACUUAAUUCAACCUCAUAUGAAAUCGACAAAAUCAUAGCACGCAUUGAACAUGAUAAUAGAGUUUUAGCAGAACUAGAAAGGUCUCGAGCCACAGUUGGUUCACCUGUAACAUCCCAUAAUAUGGAAAGAUUAACAGCACAAUUUGAAGACCAAAAACAAGAAGAAAUUACUCAUCGGCAUAAUAUGAAAUCAUCUUUUUCCUCACCUGCUAUUGACCAAUUAUUAAUUGAAUCUGAGAGGAAUAAACAAAUGUAUUGGCAACUCAACAAAGCUAGAUUUCCCAAACAAUCAUCUCUAACCAUGAAAGAGCUUGAUGUACUUAUGGCAAAACUAGAGCAAGACAAUAAAAUAUUGGCAGAACUAGAUAGGAAAAGAGCAAAUAUUUCAACAAGAAGACCUAUCUCAGCCACGCCACCUGGUAGUAGAAGCAGUACACCACUAACAGGAACAGCUUCGCUCACUGGUGUGCCUAUUGGAAAUAUCCAACAUAGCCAAUACAGUUCACAUUUACCAUCUCUGCCUCCAAGUACUCCAUAUGGCUCUACACCAGGAGUACCCACCAUCAAAUCAGAAGAUAUGUACGAUGAAACUGACUUUAUUGAUUUACCUCAUAGAGGGCGUUGCAAAGUUUACAUUGCUCGAUAUAGUUAUGAUCCUAUAAAACAAAGCCCUAAUGAAAAUCCAGAGGCAGAAAUGAAACUAAUGGCUGGCGAUUAUGUAUUGAUUUUUGGUGAUAUGGAUGAGGAUGGAUUUUUCAAUGGGGAACUCCUAGAUGGAAGGAAAGGGCUGGUCCCAUCUAAUUUUGUGGAAAAGUUAACUGGUGAAGAUUUAUAUGAGUUCCAGUCCCAAGUUUUAUAUGGGACAAGGGAUUCUGAUGAUGGCACAUCAAGUUUAGUACUUCAUGAUGGAGAUCUAGCUGGGGAUGAUCCUAAUUUAUUUUGCCGUCUCGAAUCCAAAAUAACAACAGAGGAUUUCCACCGAAUGAAUGAUUACAUUGAUCUAGAGGACAUGGAGGAAUUUGAAGAUGAUUAUUUAACAGAAUUAGAAAGAGAAGAAGGUCCAGUCCCAGCUCCAACUAGAUUGGUUUUAGAAAGGCAAUUGAAUAAGAGCAUACUAAUAGGCUGGUGUGUACCUGAUGCUCCACGAGGAGCAGUGGAAGCCUACCAUGUUUAUGUGGAUGGGGUUCCAAAAGCUACAAUCAGGGCUACAGAAAAAACAAGAGCUUUAGUAGAAGGAGUUGAUUGCAAUCAGCCUCACCGAAUUAGUGUACGAUCAGUGAAUCCAUCUGGGCGUCAUUCUCGGGAUGCUGCUUGUACAAUUGUAAUUGGGAAAGAUAUUCCUUUGGCUCCAAGUUGCGUCAAAGCUCUUAACGUAACUUCUACCUCAGCUGUUAUUGUUUGGUUACCAAGCAACAGCAAUUUCCAGCACGUUGUUGCCAUUAACAGUGUGGAAGUUAAAACUCUAAAGCCGGGUAUUUUUCGUCACCCAAUUUCCGGUCUAGCUCCCAAUACAACUUACCGAGUAUCCGUACGAGCACGUCCUGCACGCCUCUUCUUCAAUCAUGAAAACCCAAAAAAAAUUGGAUUGUUGACUUCUGCUAUUGAGUUUAAAACACUCCCCAAAGGUUGUAAAGGUCUUCCAGAACCUCCUCUAGAUGUUCAAGUUGAACCUGGUCCACAAGAUGGGACAUUGCUGGUUACUUGGCUUCCAGUAACUAUAAACAACAGAGGAACUUCCAAUGGUGCACCGGUUACAGGAUACGCAGUAUAUACUGGAGAUCGGAAAGUGAGUGAAGUUGACAGCCCUACAGGUGAUCAUGCUUUGCUGGAUAUGAUGAACUUAGCUCCUUUAAAGAAACGAGCUGUAACAGUCAAAACAAAAUCUGGUGAUAACUUGUCAAUUGAUUCGAUGCCUUGCUUGAUACCUGUUGAAUUACUGAAAGGUGUUGCUGCAACCCUGCUCCAACAAGCGGAGGCGGAUGCCGCAAACCCGGAGGAGGGUGGCGAGAAAGAGCACCGUCCCCAGCGGAGGAGGUCGACAGGCAGCUCCGAUUCAGAGUCGGAUACGGAACUGGCGGAGCUGCUGAAGCACGUGGCUCGCAGGACGGCGGAGUUCGAUCCCGCCGCCGCUGCAGAAAUGUCUAGUGGGCAACAGGGUGCAAGAGUUGAGGACUUAGUUGAAGAAGGAAUUAGAUCGGAGUUGUCGGACAUUGCUGAAGAACCAGAAGAAGAUAUGCAUUCAGAUCGGAAAGACAGGAAAGGCCAGUCGCACUCUCGAGAGAGCAAAUCGCCUAGAGACAGUCGGUCCCCUAGGGAAUACGACCGCGAUCGCAGAGGAGACAGGUCGGACCAUAGAGAUGACAGGCACGACAGGAGAGACAAAAGGUAUGACGACAGGAGAGACGAUCGAAGGGACGACAGACGCGAUCGAAUCGAUGAUCGGAGAGAUGACAGAAGGGAUUACAGAGAUGACAGGUAUGAUGAUCGAAUUGAUGACAGAUCAAGAAGGGAUGACAAAAGAGACGGUAGAAUAGAUGACAGAAGAGAUCGUUACGGGCCACGUGACGGCAGGGACUCGGAUCUUCCACGCACAAAGCAUUCCCAAUCUCAUUCAGAUUCACGUUCUCAUGAACGGCAUCAUGGACGUUCUUCUCCUACUAGUGUACAUAGAGACUCAAGAGGACGCUCGUACAACAGCAGGGCGUCUUCGGAUCAAAGGCGGCUUAACAAUUUAGAAGUAGAGAGGAGGAACUCUGCUGGACAAGUUAUCAUUGAGCCAGAAGAGAAUCUUAGUGAUAAAGAAAUCUACCCGCAAUCACAGCAUGUUAUUCCUGCUAUAGAAAUCACAAGAGACAGUGAAUUGGGUUCCCAUGAUGAAUACAUGCGCAGUGGUCGACGUGGUCAGUAUCCAGAUUCCCAUAAAAGCCCCUCCCAGUACUAUCCUGGUGAUCACAGUCGUCCUCAUGAAGCUACCACUCCGGUCAAUCGAUUUCCAAGGGGUGAAGAGAAUAGUUACUACGGACACAGAGGACAUUCCAGGACAUCCAGGGACAACUACCAUAGUGGCACUGAAUACCGCAGUAGAUCAGGGGGCAGAAGUGAAAAGACACGAAUGUUCAUGGCUGUGUAUGAUUACGAUCCUCUCACCAUGUCGCCUAACCCUGCCACAGCACAUGAGGAGUUGGCAUUCCAAGAAGGACAAAUCAUCAAGGUUUAUGGAGAGAAGGACAGUGAUGGCUUCUUUUAUGGCGAAAUCAACGGACGUGUGGGUUAUGUUCCUUAUAAAAUGGUUACCGAGAUUCCUUUAGAUGAAGAGGAAACAGCUCGGCAUUUAAUGAAUGAAGGUGUUCCGCCCCGACAUCAUCAUUCUGGUGGUGCACCUAGUGAUCCAUGGUCAGUAUAUCCUGUUAAGAAACUAGUAGCUCUUUAUGACUAUGACCCACAAGAGCUAUCGCCUAAUGUAGAUGCUGAGAUGGAGUUAGCUUUCAGAACAGGAGAUGUUAUUUAUGUGUAUGGAGAUGCUGAUGAAGAUGGUUUCUACAUGGGUGAACUAAAUGGGGAAAGAGGUCUGGUUCCUUCCAAUUUUCUUACAGAAGCUCCUCCAGAUUUCAGAGACCCUAGACUAGCACAGCCGAACAGAAGUGGAGGUAGCUAUCCGAAAGAAUCUCGAGAUAGUAGUCAGUACCAACGAGGCUCAGGGAGUGCGCAUUAUUCAUCUUCCAGAUCUUCUAAAGAACACAUGCCUUCAGAUAAAACCAGGUAUUCCGAUAGACCCAGCACAGACCGUACUUACGACAGAUCUGGUGGCCACCCAUCAGAUCGCGAUAGGGGACAAUACAAUAGCUCAGGCCGAUCAGGACAGCACUGGUAGCAAGAAUCAUCUUUUUACAUCCCCGCUUACUAACUAACAACCCUCUUUAAAAGCCAGGGAAUCAACUGUUAAGUGUAUUAUAAAACCUGUUCUUCCGCCUGCAGUGUGUCUGUCUGUAUGUCUGUUGAUCUGAUAUAUGGAACCAUAUUGUCUCCUCUUGUGUGUCUGAAUCAUAUCGUCAAAAGAUUGAUGCACUGGAACUUAAACUAAAUUAUUUGGUUUCCUUGCUAGAGAAAUUGAAUGAUGUUGUUCUCACUGCCAAUUUAAGCUUUUGUUCAUCAAUCUUUAAAACUGCUGCUUUCUGAAGUGUUUAAGAAUGUUAACAUUAUUCUGAUUGUUUGUGAUGGAUGGAUGGAUGUCCUUCUAGUCAGUUGCUUGGGUUACUUUCAAUUUAUUGGACCAAUUUUAUUUAUUUUGACCCAUUCUUUAUGUUAAGUUUCUAACCCGUAAUGCCUUCUUGGUGUAAUUUGGCAUGAGUAAAAGUAUGAUUGCUUAAUUUAUACACUGGACUGGCAAUUCAUUUAAUGAAGAUUUCUAAUUUAGUGCGUAAAAAAUUUAUUUAUAUGACUCUCAUAUUUAUUAUUACUUUUCCCCCACAAUGGGAUUAUUUGUAUUGGCUAUGAAGUCUUUGCAAGACUUUUUUUUUAUUUUUUUGUACUUUUCCAUUAGCUGGACAAUAGCCAAAAUGCACAAACAAUUGAGAUAAAAAUUAUAUUGAUAAAACCUUUUAUGUGGUAAAUUUUUGUUAUGUGGUGCAUUUGCACCCAUUUGGCGAAAACUGCUUUUAUGGAAGAGUAUCACGUCCAAAAUGGCAACUGUUGUCAAGUUAAUGGAAAAGUGACGAUUUUUUGUAGUGAUGACUGCUGUUUUCUUUUACAUGCAAUUAAACAUUGCAUGCUUAUUAAGAAAAUGAGUUAAAACUCUCCUCGGUCUUAACCGCCAUCUUCUAUUUUCUAAUAUAUCAUUAAAAUGUUCUAAUUUUUUUUAAUCGCAAAUAAUUUUGAAAAAUUGAUUGUUUACUUUAUAUUAAUAUAACUAAUAUCCUUGCCAAAAUAAUUUAUAUAUGUUAGAAGUGGACUUAAAGAAUAUUUAGGUGAUUUAAUUCUUUUGUAUUAAUUUUAAAGCUUAUCAUUGGUUCAACUAUUUCUCAAUAUUUUUUUUUAUUUAUUAUCGAAAAACUUAUU